AUGGAGGCUAAGGAGGCAUUGAUGUGUGUUGGGGAAGCUCAUUGCCUCGCAGAAGCUAAGAACUUGGAGGAUUGGGCGUUAGAAGAAUCUGGUAUCCACAGAUCGAUGGCUUCGAAAGUGCUGGCCAACUAUUCCCGCACACCAAUAGCGAGGAAACCUGGCAGCAAUAUGCAGAAGCUGAAGAGCCUCCUCGGGAUGAUCUUCCAGGACUCACUUGCAGUGAUCCUGGCGGCUUGUAGAGAUCGGUCACAGAAAGUAUCAGGGAAGUCAAAAUCUGAAUUGUCUGCAGGAUGCAGGGGUGUCCAAAAAGACAAGAUCCAUUCGACGGCCAGAGUUGAAGAAGGCCGCUCCCUUUGUGAAGUUGAGAAGCAAGUCGACGAGACAGGACAGCAGGAGACAGAGGAGAAGGCUACUGAUGGAGAAGAUUCAGAUGUUCUACUGGUGGAGGAGGAGGAGGAAGAAGAUUUUACCGACGAUGAAAUGCUGGAGAAUCCAGAAAAUGGACAGCAGACCGAAGACAAAAAGAACAACAAGGAGGAGAUGAGGAAAGCCGAAGAUGCAAAGAUGGCAGAAGAGGAGGAGAAAAAGAAAGUGGAAGAUGCAAAGAAGGCCGCAGAGGAGGAGAGAAAGAAAGUUGAAGAUGCAAAGAAGGCAGAAGAGAAAGAGAGAAAGAAGGCAGAAGAUGUAAAGAAGGCAGCAGAGGAGAGGAAGAAGGCAGAAGAUGCAAAGAAGGCAGCAGAGGAGGUGAGAAGGAAAGCAGAAGAGGCAAAGAAGGCAGAAGAGGAGGAGAGAAAGAAAGUUGAAGAUGCAAAGAAGGCCGCAGAGGAGGAGAGAAAGAAGGCAGAAGAUGCAAAGAAGGCCGCAGAGGAGGAGAGAAAGAAGGCAGAAGAUGUAAAGAAGGCAGCAGAGGAGGAGAGAAGGAAAGUUGAAGAUGCAAAGAAGGCCGCAGAGGAGGAGAGAAAGAAGGCAGAAGAUGCAAAGAAGGCAGAAGAGGAGGAGAGAAGGAAAGUUGAAGAUGCAAAGAAGGCCGCAGAGAAGGAGAGAAAUAAGGCAGAAGAUGCAAAGAAGGCAGAAGAGGAUGAGAGAAAGAAAGUUGAAGAUGCAAAGAAGGCCGCAGAGGAGGAGAGAAUGAAUGCAGAGAGGAAAGCCAAAGAGAAGCCUGCAAAGCUCAUUGAAGAGAAGAAAGAACAGCUUCAACGUCAAGAGGAAAAAAAAGAACAGAGCCAAAUUAAAUUGGCAAAAGAGGCUUCGGAAAAGAAAGAAGCAGCAAAACACCAGGCUGAAAAGAAGAGAGCAAUUGAAGCGGAGGGUGGAGCAAUGGCAGUGGCCACAGGAUUAGCUUUCAAGCUUUACGAUGCCUUGCAACUCCUGGAGGAUUCACCUGAGAACAGAGACUUCAAGACCGAAGUGUUGGACUAUUUGUGUGGCAAAACGGAGGUGACGUUGGCCAACAAUGAUGAAAUAGACGUUGGGAGUGAUGAGGAAGACAGAAACAACAAGGAAAAGGGAACCUACCAGGAUACAAAGCCCUUGGUCCCCACCGUUCCAGAUCUUGCUGGGGAUCUUCAAGAAGACCAAGGGGACGAUGCGGUACAAAGACUUCUGCAGGAGCAAAGAGACAUCCGAGCAAAAAGAAAACAAGCCUUAGCUGAGAGGGAAGCUGUACCGAAGAAAAGGGGCAGGCCAGCCAAGGAUGGCAAACAGCCAAAGAAAGAUAUGAAGCAAGAGGAAGAUGAAGCAGAUGACAAAGAUGAAGUACUGUCCAUGGAAGAGGCACUGGCCGACCAAGAUGAGCAGCUGAGACUGGAGAGAGAAAAAGAAGAGGAAGAGAAGAAGCCUAAGACCACCCGCAAGCGCAAAGGAAAAGACAAUACUGGCAAAGGAAAAGACAAUGGAAAGCGAGCAAAGAAGAAGGCUGCUCAUGAUGAGGAGAAUCCUGAUGAAGAGAGGAGCCCAGAAGAGGAGAAAAAACCGAACAAAGGACCCGGGGAGGCAGUCGACCAGGCUGCUGCCGAGCGGAGAAAGCAUGCACGAGAGGAGCUUGUUUCCAAACAUCUGCCCUUGGUUCGGCGCCUGGCAACCAAGAAAGUCAUGUAUGAGCUUGCUGGCAGUUCGUUCUUCGUUGUGCGGGCCAACGAAGACCAAAUCAAAGAGGUCAACAAGUUUUUCCAGACUGACUUUGAGGUCAACUCCAAUAGGGGUGUCACCAUUACAUGGGCCAAGAAUGGUGGAAUCUGUGAAGCGCUGGAAGCUAAGUGGCACUUGGCCCGUUGCCUCGCUGGCUGGCUGAAGCACUCGGAGUUUGGCCCUUUUGAAAAGGGCCAGUAUCCUGGAAGCUAA